AUUCCGUCCAACGAUACUGUGGUGGAAUGGGGAGGAAACACCGCUAAGCAAAGUAUAAUACGGACGAAAAUGGAGCUCCGGUUUGACGAAUGACCAAUCCACAACGCAAAUCCCUUCCUCCUCCAAAUCCUCUUUCUUCCUUCCGCCAUGCGAGCAUUCUAUCUUCCUCCUCAUCCCACAGCUCCGCUCUCUCGUGCCUUCACAUAUUGCAUCGCUUCAAUCUCUCCUCACAUUUUGUUCAAUUCUUGAGCGUCUGAUCUCCAUUGCCGGUAAAAGCGCUGUGUAUCGAUAAACAGUUCUUAAUUUUCGUUUUUUGCAGCAGAAUCUUGUUCCUUCAGAUCGUGGUUUAACUUUAAACUUGAUUUUAAUAUUGAGUAUCAAUGAAAUAAUCGCUUUUUGCGACGGAUUUUUACUAAAAUGGAGAUUUCCAGUGGAGGUUGUUCUCCUAGAAUCAGGUCUGAUCAUUUGAGGAAAGAGGGAUCCGGCGAAACCCCUUUUCACUUUUCGGCGUUGGAACUCUCUGAUCAUGGUCAUACCUAUCAAAUCCAAUCAAUGAAUGCGUUGGAGAUUUUGAGAGAGACUGUCUGGAUACUUAGGUAUAAUUGCUGGGCCUUCAUGGCAAUCUUGGCGUUGCUCAUUUGUCCCGUCUCUGCUGUGCUUUUAUCUAAUAUAUUAGUGGAUAUGUCGAUUGUAAAGAGUCUCACUGUUCGGCUUAUGUUGGUUGCCAAGACUAGUGGUCUGCCUCUAAGACCUCUUAUCAAGCAAUCUUGCCAGCGUUUUGCAGAGACGGUAGUUUCUUCGGCUAUGUGCCUACCUUUGUAUAUCACUUUGUUGUUAUUGUCAAAAGCAGCCGUGGUGUAUUCUGUAGAUUGUACGUAUUCGAGAAAAACGUUCGAUGCUUUGAAGUUCUAUGUGAUCAUCACUAAGUUUUGGAGGAGAAUAUUUUCAACAUACAUGUGGGUGUGUACAGUUGUAGUUGGUUGCAUCACCAUGUUUUGUGUUUUUCUUGUUUGCUUCUGCAGCGCAUUGUCUGUUCUUGGCUUUUCUCCAGAUCUAGUUGUUUAUGCUGCAGUGUUGGUGGGUCUGGUUUUCUCUGUGAUAUUCGCCAAUGCCAUUAUCAUUUGUGACAUCGCAAUUGUAAUCUCUGUACUGGAGGAUGUUUCGGGAGCGCAGGCAAUGCUGCGGUCUAACAUUUUAAUCAAGGGACAAACUCAGGUGGGUCUGCUGAUAUAUCUUGGAUCAACCAUAGGAAUGGCUCUUGUGGAGGGUUUGUUUGAGCAUCGAGUGAAGACGCUAAGCUAUGGUGACGGAUCCUCUAGGAUGUGGGAGGGGCCACUGUUGGUGAUAAUGUAUUCAUUUGUGGUACUUAUAAAUUCCAUGAUGAGUGCAGUUUUCUACUUCACUUGUAGAUCAUUCAGAAGUGCCAUUGACGCCUCAACCGGUGAAGGCAAUUCCAUUUUAGAAACUAUGGUUAUUUCUGCUGAAACAGUGAGCGUUCAAUGACAUAGUCAAUGUGACUUUUAUAUGUUAGUCAGACUUGAUAAGAUGAAGACGGGAGUGGCAAGAAAUUGUUCCAAUCAAAGUGUGUCAUCAUGGAAGAACUUUGCCUGACUCCGGGAAUGGGUGACUUUGGCUGGCUUUCGAGUUUCGACUCUGAGAUCAGAUAACUAAUUUGAGUGCCUGAAAAUUUCUUCUUUUACUGGUUUUUAGAUACUUACAGGUAAAUAAAAGCUUGACAAUCCAAAUCUAUGGCUUAACUUUUUGCAAUGCCACUGGAAAAAGCUGUUAUUUUUGUUAGAAAAAUAGUACAAAAUUUAAGCACAAAUCCCUUCAUUCUCGUGUUAUGCCAUAUCAUUCAAAAGCUUUUGUCUGUAUUUUGUGUGGUAGGGAUUGGAAAAAUUUGUGGUGAAUUGUUCUUGAUGUCUACUACUUUGAUGAAUGACAAGUAGGCACAAUUAGGCAGUCUAUCUUAA